AUGUCAACGACGCCCAAAAAGCCCGCUGGCACAAAUGGGACAACAGCACCCAGCAAGAAUACGACUACCCCAGACCGAACAGCGGCCGACAACCGAACUGCAACGACCAAGUCUUCUAAUGGCCUCCAACGAACCCCCUCCGGUCGCGCUUCACCAGUAUCUGCCCGUGCCGCAGCACGCAAGCCGGGCAGAUCGAAUUUAAGUGUUUCCAGCGUUCCCAAAAUCGCCAGCUCUGACGCUUCCUCCUUUGACGAUGAAGCGCGGGCCCAGAAUGCGGCGCUGAUCGACGAGUUGAAGGAGCAAUUACAGAAAGCAGAGACGGCUUCAGAACAGUACCAGAAACAAUUGGGUGUUUUGCAGUCACGGUUGGACGAUGCUAUUACCGAGCAGCAGAAGUUGGAGGAUCAGGUACAUGAAAGGGAUAGUAAUAUUGAAGCCUUGAAUGUGCAAAUCCGGGAUCAUGCUCGUCAGUUACGUGAUAUGGAACAGGCGCAUGAGCAGGAACGCAAUGCGAUGCUGCAGGAUAAAGAACAACAGGCGAGCAGGGAAGAGGAAUUGCAGUCAACUAUUCAGCGUCUGAAGGAGUCAAUUGCUCAAAAGGACAUUCGGGUUAAUACCGACAAUGACAAAAGCAAUAUUUCCAGAUCUUCGAGUUUCCGAAAUCGGUCUUCCCCGGACAUCGACAGUGGACAAUUCGCUCCAUCGGCCCAGAUCGAACGCAGCCCGUCACGAAACAAUGCCAAGCUUCUACUGCAAAAGGACAAGUUGAUCGAGUCACUGCGUUUGGAGCUUGCGGAAUCCCAGAUCAAACUCGUUGAAAUGGAAAACAAAGGUGGCGGCCUGCAGCAAGAACUAGAGCGUGAGCUCCUAGAGGCAAGAAUGGCCAACGCGCGCCUGAUGGAAGACAACGAAAGCUACCAACUUCUCUUGAGUGAAAAGACACUUAAUGGAGAUUUCACUAAGGGGGACUUCUUGCAUGAUACCCCUUCAGGCAUACCUCAGAGCAUGAGCGGCUCUUUGGCUGAUGAACUCGACAAUGUUGGCGAAGGUAACAAUGCCGAAGUUCGCAAGUUAGAAGCCGAAGUCAAGGCCGCCAAAGAUCAAAACAAGGCUUUGACUCUCUACAUAGAGAGAAUUAUUGGACGGCUGCUGCAGCACGAAGGAUUCGAGCAUAUUUUGGACAAGAAUGAUGACCCGCUGCCCAGUGAAACUGCCGCAACUGCUGCAAAGACCGACAAGGAACUGCCUCCUCCACCACCAGAGAAAGACGAGCCGUCCCUACUGCAACGCGCGAAAUCUGUCAUCAUGACCGGCCAGAACCGUCCACAGCCGAGAUCUCGACCGGUGAGCGUGAUGCCGCCCCCGACAUCAGUCCCGUCUGCGCACGAGAACCCUGAAACAGCGCCCAGUAUCCCUCUGGGACGCUCUCAAUCAGUGCGUACAGGCCAUCGUCGGUCUCGCUCCGAUCAGAUAGGCGACCCUGCAAUGGCUGCUGCUGUUGUUGGUCAGAUGUACCGUGGUCCUUCAGGAAGCCGAAGCCCAUCCGGGGUUCCCUUGAGUCCAACAACCAUGGGUCCGGGAUCUCGACAAAGCGGAUUUUUCGGAACAUACAUGGCCAACAGCAACGCGCGAGCUCCAUCUCAAGGUAGUCAACCUGAUCGCAAGAGACUCAGCAGCUCCGACAGUCUUUCUAGCGAUGCCAAUGCAGAGGUGAGCUCGCUGGGAGCUACGUCUACACCCCCUAGCCGGUCUAGUAGCAGCAUGAACAACUACACUGGUGCAGUCAUGACUCAGAAUAGACUGCGUCCACUCCGACUCGUCCGCGAAAAUCAAGAACCUUCCGAGGAAGAGGAGGCAGCAAACAAGCGAGCCAACAGAGCUAGCUGGAUGGGAUGGUUCAAUCGACCAACCUCCAAUCCUGUACAGGAAGAAACUCCUAAGCAGUGA